UUCAGUUCAAAACAAAACAAAACGAGGUGCCGAUGCGUUUCGGGUGAUAAAAUCUUAAAUUUAUUUAAAAAUUUAGUUCUUUCGUUGGUUAUCUGUUAAAAUAUGACUAAAACUACCAAAAAACGUAACAGCAAAUCCCUCAACAAUUGCUCCGCCUGGGAGGAAUCGACAGUGGAAGAUCCCGAGCCAGAAGUCGAACCCACCGUCGAUGAGGAAGAGCAAGAAUCCGUCGCCGAUUCCGACGAACAACCAGAAUCCGGAGACAACGACGACGAUGAGGACGAAGAACCGAGUGACGAUGAGGAACCUGCCGCGGCAAAACGUCCCAAGCCGAAACUGGUGACCCCGCUGCAGAAGAAGAAACCGGGCAUCAUCUACAUCAGCUCGAUUCCGAAGCACAUGAACGUAACGAUCCUGCGCGAACUGCUGGAACCGUACGGGGACGUGGGGCGGAUUUACCUGCAGCCGGAGCGGAAGGACGGCGCCGUUAAGAAGCGUACGGCGAAGGGAAAGCGCGCGAUGAUCCGGUACACCGAGGGUUGGGUUGAGUUUAAGCGGAAACGGGUCGCGAAGGCGGUGGUGGAACAUUUGAACACGCGCCCGAUAAGUACGAAAAAGAAGUCCGUGUUUUGUGACAUUCUGUGGAGUAUGAAGUAUCUGGCGCGGUUCAAGUGGAUUCACCUGAGCGAGCGGCUUUCGUACGAGCGGGCGGUGUUCAAGCAGAAGCUGAGGACGGAGAUUGCCCAGGCGCGGAAGGAGGCCACCUUCUUCCAGGACAAUUUGGACCGGAGUGAGGUUGCGCGGAAGAAGGCGAAGCGGGAGCAGAAGGCGAAUAAAGUGGCGUGAGGAGGGGGAUGUUUCUCUGAA